ACUCAGGGCGCAGCCUGCUGUGGGACAUUCAGAUUCUCCGCCUCUUCCCCAUUGAAAAUAACAGCGGUCAUUAUUUAUCUGCUUUUACUUUCAAAUCCCACCACACUUCUUGACCAGACUCGAUCUCGACCGGUCAUAUCAUCGGGCACGGCUCUCUAAAACGGGAAACCAUGUUUUUGUGUUACAUAUUUUUGAUUGUUUCUUUGGCGACUUAUCUGCCCGGAUUCCAUGUGUCCAGUUGUGAUGAAAACUGUGCAGAUAAACCUGUGUUCACACCGUCCAGACUGGUAGUGAAACAUGGUGACCCAACCUCUGCCACCUGCUCUGUAAAAAAUGUUUAUGAGAUUUUUAGUUUGGAAAAAUCCAAAGGAGACCUUACAACAAAUGGAACAAAAAUUUUAUGGAAGGUUCAAAACAUGACUGAAUGGGACAUAUUUGUCAUGUGCUAUUAUGAACAUGCUGAUCACCAGUGUUGCAGCACGCUGCCUAUAACUGUGUACAAGCCUCCAGACAGUGUGUCCUUCAGCUUUAGGAAUCACUCUGGACCGUUGUUAGAGGGUCAUCAGUACACUCUGCAGUGUGAAGUACACAACGUUGCUCCUGUUGAAAACCUCAUUGUGACCUUCUACAGAGGACAGACAGCACUGGGUCAACUACAGUCCAACAACACAGAGAAGAAACCAGUGACUGAGAUCUUCACUCUGAACAUCAACACCAGUAAAGAGGAUGAUGGAGUCCAGUACUGGUGUGAAGCCGAACUGGAACUGGGACCUGAAGGACCACAGCCCCCUAUAGUGCUGUCAUCACAUCAACGUAUCCGUGCCACUGUCCUCUAUAAGCCUCAGCUACUGGUCCCACCACAUCCAGAUCAGAUCACCAUCACAGAAGGAAGCCCUCUACAGCUGAACUGCACAGCUGUUGGAAACCCCAGCCCCUCGUACACCUGGGUGCUCCCACCAUCCAGCCUCCUGCCCUCCAACAGCAAUGUUCUCACCAUCAAAUCUGUAGCUUCUGAGCACGGGGGCCAGUACACCUGUGAAGUCAGUAACAUAAUGGGGGAUGUCACUGUGAUGUUUCACGUGGAUGUCAAACCCAACAUCAUCCCAUUCAUUGUAACCAUCGCAGCACUGGUUGGUCUCGCGGUUAUCAGCGGCCUUUUAAUAGGAGUUAUACUGUACUACAAACGCUACCGGAUGGGAAAGUACAGUAUGAAGGACGUUUUUCGUUUGAAAGCACAACAUGUUGCCGUGCCCAUUAUAGAGAAGAUAUGAGAGGUGUAUGGACAGUCUGGAGAAGAUGUCACGUGAACAGCAUCAGAGUUUAAGACGCCGACCAUCAACUGCAGCGUCCACGGUUUGAGCCUGGCUGGGGACCAGUCUCUCUCUCCCCUCAUUUCCUGUCACCUCUCUGCUGACGCUAUCAGAUGACAUAAAAAAUCAUAUGUUAAAAGAGACUUCAGGUCAAGUUUCAGCUCAUGUAACCUAAGCUCUGAAUGGAACAAGGCACUUGCCUCUCCUGGAGUGUUUGCAGGCGCUUUGGUUUACUGUUGAAGCACAGUCUCUGUGUCUGAAGUUUAACCCACAGCUGGUUAAACUUAGGUAUCAGGCCUUAGAGUGAAUUGUAAAUAUUCUUGUAUUUACUCAAAAUUAAGCCUCCUAUUUAACUUAGGUUAAAUAACUGUGCUUUUGUGGUGUAUUUUUUGUAACUAAUUACCACAAAAUAAUCGCCACACAGACACCUCUUCGAGGCCCCUGAUGCUCUGGAGCCUCGCGGUAACUUAGCCUUGAGUAAAAUUAGCACCCUGUGUUGGUCUAUUUAUGAAAAUGUAAUUAGAAAACUAUGAAUACCACCAGCCAUAUGCUUGAACUGGUGUAUGAGUUUGGUACUUACAAAGAAGGCCUGCCAUUCAGCAAGUUUUCCACUAAAGAUAACACUGCUUCUUUUGCAGCUGCUGUUAUUAUUUCUUACUGUUCUGUGUCUGUAUGUCUAAACAGUCUUUGACCAACACUGGCACUAGAAAUGUAGAUUAAUGUGCUUUUUUAUUGCUUUGUCAAAUAAGCUCCAGUUUCAGCUGCAGUUUUAAGCAGGAUCACAGUUUAUUGUGGAUGUAGAGUAUUCAAAGACUAAAUUUGAAGUUCUGUAAGUAUGCUAAAUGGUGCAGAUUGUUUGAUAAUAAGUAUAGUAUUAUGUAUAUAGCUGAGGCUCAAGAGUGGAAGUAGUCUAUAAAUAAAGAAGUCUACAUUCAUGUAACAAAUUUUAGUUACAGGAUAGUAAAAGAGAUAAACAUCCACGUUAACAAGUCAGUAAUAUGUGUUGUUCAUUUGUUCGCAUGAACGUGCUGUCUUACUGUUUCUCACUAUUUUAUUUUGGUCUUGUCACUGCAACGAACUUUAUAACUAUUUAGAGAGGUGCUACAUUUAGAAAAUUCAGUGUUCACAGCUGUAUGUUAAACUGCAGAAAGCUUGAGCGUUACUCUGCAAUAACCCACAGCCACUGACCAGCAGUCAGUGGCUGUGGGUUAGUUCCUGUGUACGUGUAUAAAUAAAUGUAUGUGUGUGUGCUAUGGUUGUGUGGCUUGCUGAGUGACAAUAAAAAAAAAGGAAUUAGCAGAAGCAGUAUGAUGAUGAACGUCACACUGGAACUUUAAUGAGGAAGUAUGAGCUUUGACCAAGUACAUUUUUUAAAGCAUGAAUAAAUGGCAUUUCCUCCUGA